GAGCAUGCGCACACCCAGGCAGCGCUGUAAGAAGUACCUCUGGGCCUGGGAGGCGUUGAGAAAAAGGAAGUGGAUCCUGUUCUGGUUCUUGCGACUAUAGUCACCGCCCGAAGCAAAUGACCACUGUCCAGAGAGAACAUCUCUGCCCCUUUGUCCGAAGAUCCAAAAAUGACCAAGACCCUGAUGUCUUUCUUAACUACCAAUGGCAGGAAUCAGUGUCAUUCAAGGACGUAACUGUAGACUUCAGUAGGGAUGAGUGGCAACAAUUAGACCUUGCUCAGAAAAGCCUGUACAGAGAAGUGAUGCUGGAAAACUAUUUCAACUUGAUCUCAGUGGGAUGUCAAAUUCCCAAACCAGAAGUCAUCUUCAGCUUGGAACAAGAAGAGCCAUGUAUGCUGGAUGGUGAGAUCUCCAGUCAGAGCCGUCCAGGUACCUGUGGAUUGACUGCCCGCCCACCUGCUGGAGCCAUGAACAUUGCCUGCUCCCGGUCUUCCUGAUUUGGCAUAUGGUUCUCCCAGAUCUGCUAUUAAUUUCACAUCCUCCAAAAAAGAAGUGAGAUGAGUGUGGUAUAUAUAACUCCUUAGCGAGUUGAUGCUGGUUUUAGCUGAUCACCUCUUCCUUCCUUAAGUGAUUAAACCAUCUGCUUGAUCAACAGAGCUAGAAGUAUUCUAAGCAGGGUUUCUACAUGUUAAAAUGACUCAUUUGGCACUCAAUAUCUGCAUUUCCUUUCUUAAUUGUUCUUACAUUCUCGGAAUCCACCUCUGCCCGUUUUUGAAAAUAUGGGAAGUUCCCCUUGGAAAUUUGAUCCCUGGACUGCUGCUCAUUGUUCCUGGAAUAUUAGUAAAUUAUAAGUUUAUUUCAUUGGGACCUGGAGACUUGAAAACAUCCAAAGCAAUAGGAAAGUAUCAUGUUUUGACAAAUGUAUCGUAAGCAUCAAAUCUUUUGAAGAAGGUUUAUUAAUACUUUUCUAGUUUUAAGCCUAUUUUAUUUUAUUUUAUUUUAUUUUAUUUU